AUGCCGCCGGGCGAUGGCAUUGUUUGGACACAUGAGAUAAUCUUUAGUCUCAAGAGUUUAAACGAAAGGCUAGAAAGGAUAAAUCAUUUAUUUGCUCAUUUUUCCUCUCUUUUCUUAGGGAAACUCAACGUGAGUAGUGACACCGUGCAGCAUAGCGUGGAAGGGUUAACAUACCUCCUCACUGAGAGCUCGAAGCUCAUGAUUUCUGAACGGGACUUCCAGGACUCUGUGUUUGUUCUGGGAUUCUCCGAAGAACUGAACAGAUUGCUGCUUCAGCUUUACCUGGACAACCGAAAGGAGAUCCGAACGAUUCUGAGCGAGUUGGCACCAGGACUCCCCAGUUACCACAGCCUUGAAUGGAGACUAGAUGUACAGCUCGCAAGCAGAAGUCUCAGGCAACAGAUUAAGCCGUCAGUGACGAUAAAGCUACACCUUCAUCAGCACGGAGAU